GUGCUGAAACCUGUUUCCACGAUAUCUGCGGUCUCAGAUGCCUCAGUCUGUCGUCUAAACGUCCGGACAUGAACAUCUUUCAAAAGUCUUGGUGCUCCAUUUUAGGAGUUCUACUGGUUUUCUUUCUUCAGGGGUCAUGUACUGAUCCAGUACAUCCACCUCAACAGGUGCACAAAGCUGUCGGAGACUCGCUGGAUUUAAUUGCUAAUUUCUCAAAAGAAGAUCUUGAAGUAAAGUGGAAAUAUAAUGAGAAUGACUUUGCUGAGUAUGAAACAAAUAAGAUCAAAAAGCUGAAAUCUCAAUUUCAUGAAAGGUUAAAGAUGAAUGAGGACAAUAUUGGUAUAACAGUGAAAGACCUGGAACUUCAGGAUUCUGGAACCUUCUCUAUUGUUGCAAAAACAAGCUCUGUUCAAUAUCCAACAGAAUUAAUUCAGCUACAUGUGCAUGAUCUAAUCAGAGAUGUACAGAUUGAGCUCAGUGAUUCCUGGCUGCUGUCAGGAAACAUCUGCAUGUUUCAUCUUCGGUGUCAGGCAUCCGGCGAUCCGAAUCCCUCCUACAGCUGGAGCGGCGAUCCGGUCAACAUUGGACCGAACCUGAAUAUCAGCCUCCCUCCAGCAGAGAGUGCUACACUCAACUGCACCGCCAACAACACCGUCAGCAUCAAGCAUACUACUGAGACUGUAGUGUGCAAAGAGCUAUCUGUUUCAGGUAAUGCCGGUUUUCCUCAGAUGUAUUUACUGAUUGCAGUAGGCGUCAGUAUCGUCGUUAUUGUCAUAUUCAGUGGAACCGUUGCCGCGUGCUGCAGGUGGAGGAAGCAAACAGGACAAGGAGAAAGUGAAGGGGGUAUUACAGUCUAUGAAGACGUGAACACUGAUGGCAUUGCAAAGAAACGACCUGGAAGUGUUGUAAACGGGAUGUCCAUUUAUGAAACGGUGGACGACAUGAAAGUCACACAAAACUUGCCUCAAACCCUGUAUGACAAAAUCAACUAUCAGCGUCACCCUGCGGUCAGCGCCAACACUUCCUCCCCUUACCAGGAAGUCCUGUGAGUGAGACAGACAGACAGACAGUUCAUGUAUUGUUUCGUCAUCUCUGGAUUUGGUUAACCAUUCUCCCAUAUGUGUCUCACAUUAAACGUACUGUGUUAAAUA